CAAUCACAUCCAGCCCCUGCGUCAAACGCGUCAUAGGGUAUAUAAUGAUAACCCCUCCCAAACCACCUCAUUCCUGGAUUUGUCCUGAGGUCUGAUGAUUAAUCGAAGAUCGGACGUCGAGGACUUUCAACUACGUGUAUGAAGACACGCUUAACAAAACAAUUUUUUCCUACUCAAGUAAUGGACAUUUGAUUUUUGACUCCAUUUUGUUCCAGAAGGAAACGCUAGCCUGUAGCUUUCACAAACCCGCCCAUAAACAAGCUAAAGCAAUUUCAACUAUAAAAGUGCUUGUUAUAUGAAAACAUGACAGUUUAUUAAACUGUUGUAACAAGAGAUCUGUUGCUGUAAAGCACACUAUACCCGAGACGCAGAGGAGAGGUAACUUAUUGUACGAUGGCGGUGGGGCCCGUGGACCCGCGGGAGGUGCUGACGGGGGUGGAGAACCUCCUGGGGAAGGACGGGGAGCUGCGCAGCCUGGAGGGCGUGGCCCGGGUCUUCAGUCUGAUGAAGGCGUCUCACAAGAUGGUCAGCCGAUGCAUGUACCUGAACAUCCUGCUUCACACUAAGUCACAUGACAUCCUCAACAGGUUCAUCCGAGUCGGGGGGUACAAGCUCCUGAACGCCUGGCUCACCUACUCCAAAGCAACCACUAACACCCCCCUGCUGCAGCUCAUCCUCCUCAGCCUGCAGAAACUGCCCCUCACUGUGGACCACCUCAAACAGAACAACACAGCCAAGCUGGUUAAACAGCUCAGCAAGAGUGGAGAGACUGAGGAGCUGAGGAAGCUGGCCUCAGUGCUGGUGGAGGGCUGGAUGGCCAUCAUUCGCUCCCAGAGCGUGUCAGCGUCCAGCGGGGCCUCCCCUGCAGACAAGAAGAAGAAGAAGGAGGAGAAGAAGGAGGAGGGGAAGCCGGUCGACGGUCCCAAAGUGCCCGAGCAGCUGAAGAAGGAGAAGCCCAAGGCCCACGCCCCGAGCCACGCCAAGAUCCGCUCCACAGGUUUAGAGGUGGACACGCCCACCCCCUUGCCUGCUAAGAAGCCCCCGCCCACCCCGCAGCUGGGGGACAAGUACAACAUCAAGCCCGCCGUUCUUAAGAGGCCCAGCCCGUCCCUAGCAGACGCCCCUCCCGUGGAGAAGAGGUACAAGCCACUCAACACCACGCCCAACUCCACCAAGGAGAUCAAAGUCAAGAUCAUCCCUGCCCAGCCGAUGGAGUGCACCGGCUUCCUGGACGCCCUGAACUCCGCCCCCGUCACAGGGACCAAGAUCAAGAAGAAGAAGAAGCCCUCGUCUCCCACGUCCAAUAAGCCCUGUCCGUUUGAGGGGAAGUCUCCUCCGUACCACGCCCCUCAGGCCAAGCCCUCGUCCCCCGAAGGCCCCGCCCCCCAGUCCCCGCCCCGUGAGGCUCCGCCCCUGGACCUGGAGCAGCCCGGCACCCCUGUGCCCAGCGAGGAGCCCGAGGCCAUGGACACUGGUGAGAAGCCCAAUGCUCUGGCUGAGCCGAAAGGAGAGGAGGAGAGUCUGACGAAGAAAGGGAAGAGGAGGAAGAAUGUGCACUGGGCGGAGGAAGAGCAGCUCCGAGAGUACUUCUACUUCCACCUGGACGAGACCGAGAGAGUGAAUGUCAAUAAGAUUAAGGACUUCGGCGAGGCGGCACGCCGGGAGUUGAUGAUGGACAGGCAGACGUUUGAGAUGUCGCGGCGGCUAUCCCACGAUGCCAUGGAGGAGCGGAUCCCCUGGGCCGCCCCGCGCCCCCUCGCCCUGUCCCCCUCCUCCCUCGUGGCCUCGGGAGCCAACAGCACCGAGAGGAACGCGCAGCGCGACCGCGAGAUGGGCAUCCUGCAGGAGAUCUUCCUCAGCAAAGAGAGUGUCCCAGACUGCCCUCAGGAGCCUGACCCUGAGCCCUACGAGCCCACCCCGCCCCGCCUCAUCCCAUUGGACGAGGACUCCUCCAUGGUGGACGAGGGGUAUCCGGAGCCCAUGGACACGUCGGGCCCCGCCGUGGCCCCGUGCGGGCCCCCCGAGGGCUCCAAGCUGCCCCCCGUCCUGGCCAACCUGAUGGGCAGCCUGGGCAGCCACAGCCCCCAGACCCCCCCGCAGAACCCCGGCCCGCCCAGCAACAGCGCCCCCGCUGUCAACGUGCAGGAACUGCUCACCUCCAUCAUGGGCACUCAGGGCACUCAGUCUGCUGAGGACCUGAUUAAGCAGCCCGACUUCUCCAACAAGAUCAAACAACUGCUGGGGUCCCUGCAGCAGAACCCCACCCAGCCCCCACCCAGCGGCCCCCCCCCAGGCUUGCUAGGCCACGCCCCCGGCAACCACGCCAACAUGGGCAUGCCCAUGAACGGGAGCUUCCCCCCGAACAAGCCCCCGCCCGGGCCCCAGUACCCCCACCCGCCCCCCCCGCCCCACAACCACGCCCCGCCCUUCCCGCCGGGGGGCGGGCCCCGGAUGAUGGCCCGGGACGGCGGAGGCUACUGGGGAGAGGAGCCAAUGAGAGGAGGCGGCCACCACCGAGGGGGCGGCGGGCACUUCCACCGGGGUCGCGGGGGCCGGGGGGGCGGCGACCCCGGGUUCAGAGGUCGCGGCGGGAGAGGCGGCCCCAGAGGGGCCGGCGGAGGCCCCAACAACUCGCACAUGGGCGACAUGUCCAGCCGCCCCAUGUGCCGGCACUUCAUGGUGAAAGGAUGCUGUCGCUACGAGAACAACUGUGCGUUCUACCACCCUGGAGUGAACGGCCCGCCCCUCCCCUGACCAGCAGGGGGCAGAGCGCGCUGCUGAGCACUACAGAGGGAGGCGUUCCUCACCCCCCAGGACACAAGCUCAUUCCGCUCAGUUGUCCCGGGACUUUCCUGGAAACGAAGCGUGAGGCCGGAACGAGGAUGGCACAACAAAACCAUAUUCUGGCCUCUUGCUUUUUACCUUUUUUGUUCUUUCUGCUACUCUCUCCCUCUCCUUUUCUGUCUCUCUCAUUCUCUCCUUCUCUCUCCAGCUUUGCCUCUCCUUCCCUCUCUAUCUCCCUCUCUCUGUCCCUCUCUCUCUCUCUCUCCCCUCUCUCUGUCCCUCUCUCUCUCUCUCUCGGGUUGAUAUUUGGACCACGCUUGCCCUGGGGUUGUGAGUGAAAGGGUGCCGGUAUGUCUGCAUAUAUAUAUUAUUUUAUACCGGGUGAGAAAAGGGCCCCGACAACCACUAGCACAGUAUCGGCCCCGCCCCCAGCGCACCCCACUACCAAUCACACACCCCGGAACUGCUGCUACUGCUGCCUGAUGUCACUAAAAGCUCCGCUCUCAUUGGCUGCGAGGCACGGACCCUCGGACCUCUCCUUUCUUAGACUCAAGGACCUGGAUUGGCCAGAUUGCGUUUAACUCCCGUCGGUCCUGAUUGAAUUUGGGAUUUUUGUGAGAACCACUUUGAUUUGUUUUGUUUUUUUUGGGUUUUUUUUUUUUUCUUCAGUUUUUGUUAUGGUAGCACAUUUUGGUGCUCAGGUGUGUCUGAUAAAUUAUUAUGUGAAAUGACCGCUUUCUGUAAGGCUUCGAGGGCGUCUAGUUACCUGCGAAAUGAGUUACAAAGUCAUAAUUUCCCUGCUUUUUAACUGCCCAAGCGAAGCAGACUGAUCUUUUUUUUUUUAAACAUUCUGCUGGGAAAGCCAAAGUCUUCAUCCGUUGCUUUUUCAGAGUUUCCCUCUUUGGUAAAGUCUCUUUGAUAGUUUGGUUGAAUGGAGUCAGACACACGCAGCCUUAUCCGCUGUAUGUAAAAAGAGCCAGAAGGCCCUGGUUUAUGAUCCCCUGGUUCUCACUGUCCUGUAAUAAUGGGCUAAUGGACCCGACAGCACUGCUGAAUGCUGGCCGAUUUGCACUGAACCGGUCCGACUGGCUGGGCCUGUUCCCCAGCGGUGAUGGUGCACAGAUCACGUCUGUCACUGGCUUGUUUUGUUCGAUCGAACCAAUCGAAUGGCUGCGUCCCUCCGCAGCUGAGCAGCUACUGGUUCAAAUCGUUCAGCGACUGGUAGCUCCGCCCCCCUCUUGGCAGGAUUUCGGCACCGGACUGACUCCGGAGCGGGGUGCCGUUCCUCUCCACCCCAGUCUCAGCCCGGCCUUCUCCGUCAGUGUUAACCCCUGGUCUGGCCCCCCACGAGGCUUCUGUGAAUGUAAUUCUAGCGUUUUCUGUGAAAACAUGGCCACCGUGUCUCUUGUGGGACUGCAGUUGUCUUUUGGCUGUGAUUUUUUUUUUCUUUGGUUAUUUUUUUUGCUUCUUUUAAUUAAUAUGACUAUUUUCGUAUAAUUCUGACAGUAAUAUGCAUUUUUUGUUUUUUUCAGAUUAUGAUCAGAUUGUAUUGAAGAGAUGUGUUUGUACAUACGUGUGUCUGUAUAUAAAAGGCUAUGCACACGUUUGUAUGAAUAUGAACAGAUUUAGAUAUUUUCUACAUGUAUUAAUAAAUGUUGACAAAACA